UCGCACUUCCGGCCCCGGCGGAAGCGCGGCGGUGGCGGCGGGCGCUUGCUCGCCAUGCCGUUCUCAGCGCAGCCGCCCGCCAGCGGCGAGCCGUACGUGCUGACCGCCAGCCUGGACAAUGCCCGCCACCUCUCCAGCAUCCUCAGGGCCGUCCACUUCCAGGACCACGCCACCUGCUUCGCCACGGCCAACGGCCUCAGGGUGACGGUGGAGGACGCCAAGUGCAUCCAGGCCAACGCCUUCAUCCAGGCAGAAAUUUUUCAGGAAUAUGCCGUUCAGGAGGAAUCAGUGACAUUCCGGAUCAAUUUGUCUGUUCUUCUCGACUGCUUGACCAUUUUUGGUACCAGUUCUUUGCCAGGAACAUCAACAGCCCUUAGGAUGUGUUAUCGUGGUUAUGGUUAUCCCUUGAUGCUCUUCUUGGAAGAAGGAGGAGUAGUGACAGUGUGUAAAAUUAACACUCAAGAACCUGAUCAGUUGUUAGACUUUGAUUUCUGCAGUACAAAGGUUGUUAACAAAAUUAUCCUGCAGUCGGAGGGGCUACGAGAAGCAUUUGCUGAACUGGAUAUGACCAGUGAAGUUCUGCAGAUUACCAUGUCUCCAGAUAAACCUUACUUCAGGUUAUCCACUUUUGGAAAUGCAGGAAGUGCACAUCUGGACUACCCUAGGGACUCUGAUUUGAUGGAAACAUUCCACUGUAACCAGACCCAGACAAACAGGUACAAGAUUUCUUUGCUUAAACCAUCUACAAAGGCUCUGGCUUUAUCUUGUAAAGUGUCCAUUCGAACAGAUGCUCAAGGAUUUCUAUCACUGCAGUAUAUGAUUAGGAAUGAAGAUGGACAGAUCUGUUUUGUGGAAUACUAUUGUUGCCCGGAUGAGGAUAUUACUGAAGCAGAAAUGUAGGUGUAUGUUAAGGCAUCUGUAUUGUAUUUAUGGAUAUAUAUAUAAUACUAUAUUUUUUUAUAAAACUGAAUGAAAGCUGUAAAGAUUGAUAGAAUUGGUACUGUCAUUUUUGUUAACUCUGGAAAAAGACUGCCUUUUUAUUCCCUUGCAAACAUUUCUUAGCCUUGACUGAAAAAAUAAAAAGCUAAAAAAGCAAGAAGGGGAGUUGAUCUCCUGUAGCCACUGAUUCCAGCACAGAUGUUAAAGUGGUGUUCAUGUAAUACGUUGCUGCUUUUUAAAAUGUUUUCCAGUAAUUUUUGUUUGUGUUUUGGGUUUUUUUUUUCCUUUGGCUUAUCUAAGCAAUUACACAAGAGAAAAUCUGAACAGCUGUAUGCUAGCCAGUUAACUUUCAGUGACUUAAAAGUAAAACCAAAUUUGUAGUGAAAGAGGAUGACAUUUUCAAAAUUAUUUCUUAGUAGCAGCAGGUGGUUUUUUUUUCUGGCAAAUGUUGACAUAUUUUGCUGGUGAAGCAACUAGGUUCUUCCUCAUCUUGAUUAAUUCUUAAUAUACCUUAAUUCCUUGGAAUUUCAUCUGAUACCAAUUUACCCUUUUGUCUGCAGUACUAGUGUUGAAUUGUUGAAUUAAGGUAGAAGCCAGGAUUCACUUAUUCAUUACUCAUAACUAUUCUGGCAACAUUAUUGUUUUGUAUCUAGUAAUUUAUUGCACAGCCACAAGAAUGCUGUUGCUGAAAUGUUUCUGUAUGUACAUGUCCCCAUUCCUACCCUGCUACUCUACUAUUGCCAUUAAGAAUCAUAAGAAGAGAGAAAAGUUUUGUAUUUGAAGUUAUUUGUGAAAUUCAUUUACCAUCUCAAUAGCCUUUUUCAGCAACAGGAGGGACUCCUAAACUGAAGUAAAGGAAUGUCUGCCUGUGUCCUGUGGGGUAGUGUAUUCCUAUCACUCACAAAAAUGGGCAUAACUUCUUACUCACUGAAAAGGGAGUGCAGUUUCUGGAGAGUUUUCUAGUGGACAGCUUUGCAAAAUAGGUGAGUUGUAUUUAGGUCAAAAGUUGCACUUAUGCUUUCACACCUCUCCUCUGAUAACAACCUGCUGAGAACAGGAGAUUCACUGAAUGAGCUGGGCAUUGAUCCAGAUGCAGAGACUGAGGAUCACACUGCAAGAGACUGAAGUCUUCCUGCCUGGCUGCUGUGGGGUGCGAUCCCAGAGUCAGUGAUCUGCGGGUGGGUUGUACAGCUCUAGGCUGUAGUCGAGUUUUGUUGUUUGUCAGAAGAUGAGGUCCUGCUGCGCACGUGUGGAAGACAGGAUGUUCGUAUGUUACCAAGUUGAUUGCUUCACAGUUCAACAGAAUCCAAGUCCUUUGGGUUUAUUUUAAGUUUAAAAUGCUUUUGUUGACCAUUUUUCACCUCUUGCUUGUGUCAGCAAGAGUAUACUUUCAGGGUACAGUGUCAACAGUUCACUUUUGUUGUCUACCCUGCAGAUCCUCCAUUUAUUGCAAUAAAUUUUACAUUUGAAAAUUAAUGACAAAUCUUUGAACUACAAGACUGAUAAAGUUACCUAAUAAUAUUCUAAAUUACUCUUAUUUACCAUCUUUUCUCUUUUUCAAACUUAAGUAUUCAGUCCAGGUGAAUUUUCUUUUGGCUUACUACCUCAGUUUCUUCAGUGAAAAAUAAAUAGUCUCAUUGGGAAUUAUUAAUAUUAUUUCUGACUAGUGAGUGUUACAAAGUAUUUACAUGAAUGAAACAGAACAUAUCACUUAAUGUGAUUUAUUUCAGAGUAUCAAACCUCCUUGUACUGUGUUCAUGGACAUUACUGUGGCUUAACAUUUGUACUUCUGUAUAAUUGCCUACAGAUGUACUAUAUUACUUCUUAAAAUAGUACUUUGAACAAUUUCUUCUAUAAUCCACCAACAGGGAUCAUGGAAAUAAUAUCCUAAGAAGUUAGAACACCACAAAAUACCAGAAAGCAACUGUUGCGUUUCAUAAAUAAUAGCUAUUACAGACAUGCAUGAUUUGUGCAAGACUUAACAUCUGUACCCCAACUGGACUAAGUCAGGACCUAGACUCACAAAGGUGGGGAGGUGCUUGUGCACCUUGUGACUUUGUGGAUAUGGUUCUAGGUGGACAAAAUCAUGGAAAGUCUAGGCUACAGACUUCUUGCCGUAAGGUUAAGUUUAGGAUCUAUCUGUCAUGGAUUAUAUUACAUUUCUACCUUCAAACACAGUAAAAUAAAAAAGGUGAAGAGAAUAAUGA